GCCACGAUGAGCAGCCGAUACAGCGCGCUGCCACCGUCCUCCUCGUCGGGUGACAUGAUAUUGCCGUCAGCGUCGUCCGCGUACAUGUCUCGCGCGGUCGCCAACGUCUCCGUCGGCGCCGGCUACGGGCCCUACUCCUACCACCCGCCCUCCUUCCGUCGGAUAUCCCGCCAAUUCACACUCCUCCUCCGCAGGCACAUUACAGGCUCGGAAGCCAACUCCACCUCUAUGACUCCCCUUACCUUACAUUGAGCAUUGACUCGCUUCGCUCAAAUCCUCGAAGAUGUGGGUCCUCGGUAAUUAUUGGUGUUCUCAGCGUAAAGGAUUUGGGAAACCUGAAGCUCGCGCAACGCCCGCCUCAC